AUGAGCGAAGGUUACGGCAAGGAUCACGCUGUGAGGGCGGCGUUUGCGGACACUUUGCGGCCUCGGAUUGGAGGGAACACGACCAAAGUGUUCCUGAGGGGGUUGGCGGAAAAGUCCCCCGAUACUGAUGACGGGGAUGCUGGCGACGUGCUGGAUGGGUCGCCACUACUGUCUUCUACGCCCCCCACGGUGUCGAAGACGCUUGUGACGCUGUACCCUUAUUUGAUCGUGUGCGAUGAGUUGUUGAGUGUGGUGACCUGGACCGGGUCUAAUAUCUGGACGAGUGUUCUUGCUGUGCUUGUAUACAUCAGCGUGGUGCUGUACCUUGAGCAACUGACAAAAUACGUCGGGCACGUCGUCAUUGUGAGUUUGCUGUUGCUGUACUCGAAGCUGGAUAAGUUUAUCGAGGGGAGCGUGUACUCGCACGCGAGCUUAGAAGAUAUCAUCGCCGUGAUGGAGCGGGUUUCCUUCAAGUUUGACCUACUGUUGUCCCCGCUCAACAAUCUGAGCAUGGAGAACGUGGAACGUCUACUCUUGACGAUGGUUCUGCUGUCGCCCGUGCACCUGCUGAUCACGGCUUUCGUUGUCCCGCCGACGAUGUACCUGCUUCUGGGUGGGCUCUUCCUGCUGACGUACCACUCGCCGUGGUCCAAAGUAACUCGCCGGCUGCUGUGGAAGUUUAAAUCCGUGCGUCUGCUUGUAUACUACCUUACUGGGCUAAACCUUGGUGGGAUCAACAGGGAUGUGACGUCGAACCUAUUCAACAGCGUGCAGAAGAAGAUCAACAAGACCUUGUUGGAUGACCAUGCUGGUUCACACAGUGACCCGACUGGUGGGGGGUCAGGCAAGUCUAUCAAGUUUACGUACGUGCUGUUCGAGAACCAACGGCACUGGAUCGGGAUCGGAUGGAAGUCGAGCAUGCUGAGUUACGAGCGGACCCCCUGGACGGACGAGUUUCUGAACGAAGCUCCAUCCCCUGAGAACUUCCAGCUGCCGAGUGACGAGAAGAACGAAGGUGUGUUUGAAUGGCGGUGGAUCGACAAGACGUGGCGUUUGGAUUUGACUAACGAUGGUGCGAUCCCCGUGGAUCCAACAAGCGCCAAGACCACUGCGAACCCGGGCGACGACGAAGGGUACGUAUACUACGAUAAUUCGUGGAAAAAACCUUCUGUGGAACCUACGUUCUCCAAGUACACGCGGAGAAGGCGGUGGGUGCGUACUGCAGAGCUUGUGAAGAUUGCUCCUGACGAGACUACCUCAUUACCACAGUCGCCGGAGAAGAUAACCGCAGGUGAGGCCGAUGAGGUACAAGAUGAAGAGGUUGAGACGAUCGGGACUGGGGAUACCGUGGGCACCGUGGACACCCCUGACAAUUUUGCUAUUGAGAAUCUGAGUGAGGUGCAUAACCGCCGAGGCAGCUCGUGA